AUGUCGGAGUAUAGACCAACAGGGAAGUCAGAGAUGUUCAAUAUAGUGAAUGACAGCAGCAGCCAAGGAUUCCCGUACGACUACAGGUCUGUGACGCAUUUUGGACCACGUCAGUUCAGCAAAGUAUUCGCUCCCACAAUCCGCACCAAAGACCCCAAGUACCAAGAUGUGAUCGGCCAAAGUGAGGAAAUGAGUCCAGGAGAUGCCAAGAAGCUCAACCUUCGCUACAAAUGCAACGACAGCGUUGCCUUUCAGCUGUAUUGUGAUUUUUCCGACGGAGCCAUGUGUCACAUGACUCACUGCUCAGGUGGGAGCACCAAAUGGGAAAGGGUCACGCGUGCUGAAGGUGGGCCGAGCUCUGACCACACCAGUCUUCCCAGUGGCACAGCAGAGGAAGGAUUUACACCUGAACCUCCACAGGAAGGUCACUUCAUGCAUGUAAGCACGGCGGCUGGUGAAGCAGGCGACUCUGCCUGGCUGGAGACCCCCAGAAUGAAGCCCAAGAGACAGGGUCACCUUCAGUGUCUGCAGUUCUACUACUUCCACAAUGGGAGCGCGGACGACCAGCUGAACAUCUGGAUCAGGGAGCUCAACAAUGAAACCAAUACAGCACGUCUCAUGGGACAAGUCACUGGACCACCAACGUCCCACUGGAGGAUCCACCAUGUUUCCCUGGAUGCUCAGAGUGAAUUCCAGGUGGAGUUUGAAGUUCAAAAAGGAAAUGGAAGCUCCUCUGGUGGCAUCUCCAUCGAUGACAUUAAUCUGUCAGAAAUACAAUGUCCGGAUGUGACCAUGCAGAUUGAUGAUUUUGAGCACGUCUUGACCACAAGUCCUAGAGGCACAUUCGUGUUCAGCCCGCGGCACUACUCCAGUGGUGGCUACGCAUAUCGUUUAGCUGUACUAAUGGUUGGAGGUACUUUUGGAUUGCAAGUGCAACUGCUGUCUGGCCAGAAUGAUGAUGAGCUGACGUGGCCAUGUCUGAACAGACAAGUGACACUGCAAGUGGUGGAUCAGACUCCCAACAUCCAGCACCACAUGUCGAUGCAAAGAAGCCUCACCACUACAGAUUCAGGUCAUUGGGACAAUCCUCGCAAGGUUGGGAGAAAAAUUGAGACCAAUGACACUGAGGAAGUCUUUGCCAACACCCCGGGAACAAUCAUGUUUCGACUUUUCUUCUGA